AUGUCAGUUCUCUCUAUCUCACAAUGAUAAGUGUGGCCCCACUUGUCAGGAGUAACCAAGCGAAUAAUUUUACAGGAAAAUAAGAACGUUGUUGGGAACAAGUGGACCCCACACUUUAUUGUAGUGAGAUAGAGGGAGAGCUGGCAUGUUGGUUCAUAGGUAUUUAUGUCAUUAUAACAUGGCAAAAGAGAUUUGAGAUCACAAUAAUGGUGUCCAGUGGCAUUUUUGUGCAUGUGUCUAACGAAGCAAUGGCAUUUUUGAGCAGUUGAAAUUCCUAGUGGCAAAACUAAGUAGUGAGACACAACCGGUGGCAUAAAUGAUAAAAACCCUUAUUAGUAAAGAGAAUGGAGAACAUGUGGAGGAGGUUGCAAGUAGUUAUUUCAACGAGCUUGUCAACAGGAGCCUUAUUCAACCUGUAAGAUUUGACAACUGUGGAUUGGUGACACAUUGCAAAGUUCAUGAUAUGAUGCGUGAUCUUAUCUUGUAUAAAUGUGCAGAAGAGAAUUUUCUCACCAUAGUGGAUGACCCUCAAGCCAUCACAAAACUGGAUAACAAGGUUCGUCGACUGUCUCUCCACCUGCAUGACGAUUGUGAAACUGAUCGAACAAAGUUAUGGGGUAACAUUAGUCUGUCCCAAGUUCGGACUUUUAUGACCUUUACUUAUUGUGAGGAUAUGCCUCCUCUGUCACUGUUCAAAUUCCUUCGAGUUCUGCAUAUUGAACAUUAUGGAGUUAAUAGAGUUGACUUGACUGGACUGCCUAACAUGCACCAGCUGAGAUAUUUAGCGGUUCAUGAUGGUUGGGAUGUCGAGCUACCAACACAGAUCACAGGGCUACGACACUUGGAAACAUUUGAUGUAUAUGAAAAUGUCCGUCAUCCAUUCGACAUAGUUCAUCUACCAUGCCUGAUGUUCUUGAAUGUGAGUUGGUAUGCCGCUCGAACACCUUAUGGCAUUGGUAACAUGAAGUCCCUGCGAUAUGUAGAAGAUUUCAAUUUGAUGGACAACUCAAUAGAUAACAUCGAGAGUCUUGGAGAGCUAGCCAGUCUGAGAGUUAUAUCAGUAUACGGCUACCGGCCUUAUGCGGCCAGCAUGAAUAGACGCAUGGAUGCUCUGUGCUCUUCUUUGGGGAAAGUCGGUAUCAGCUUGGAGUACCUGGGUUUGUAUAUCGAAGGCUGCGUGGAUGCCUUGAUGGACUUGUCACCUCCUCCUCGCCGCCUUGAGAGACUCUGGAUGGGUGAUAGGAUAAAAGAUUACAUUGAUGGGGAACUUGAUCCUCCCGAUUGGCCGGCAGAACUGGGCAGCUCCUUUUUCUCGGGCCAUGGUUGGAAUGCAGAUGCGGAUGAGUGCUGCUUCUUUUCCAGGGUCCCUAAUUGGAUGGGGGAACUCAGUAACCUCAAAGAACUGGAAAUCAAUGUCAUCAAGCCUGAUGUUGGCAUUCUGGCAGAAUUGCCUGCCCUCACUUUGCUCAGAAUAUACAUCAUCCAAGGAUUAAGAGAAUUCUUUGUCAUCCACGCGAGAGAAUUCCCUGUUCUAAAACAUUUAGAACUCCGGUUGAGCAGCCCGUCGUACCUGGCCUUCCAGGCUGGUGCAAUGCCCAAGCUCCAGUGGCUCAGGCUGCAGUUCAGCAGUGUAGGGUGUCACCAGAACGCGCGUGGACCAGCCGGCAUGCAGCACUUGUCAGCGCUUGAAGAUUUUUUCGCAAUAAGUAACAGCGACUACCGUGCUACGGAGUAUGAAAAGACAUGUGCCGAGUCUGCCUUGAAGGGUGCUAUCAAGUUGCAUCCCAAGCAUCCUCGCCUUCACAUCAACAGUUCGUAUGAUCAUUAUUUUAAGUAGGUGUCUUUACCGUCUGAUGAUUCUGGUGGCACGGCGGCGCCUCUGAACCGGGGUGCUGACGGCAUCUGAUGAUGACUCCUAUUCCAUGUGCUACCAAUACCAUACCCCCGUCAACUCAAGUCUGAGCCGUUGUUGGAGAAGAACUCAGCAGUAUGCAGCAGUUUGCAAUC